UUGACAGAUUCGCUGUAUUGAGCCAAUAGCAGCUUUCGUUUGUGGUACUCAAGUUAACACAAUUUUAGCAUGAUGAAUAAAUUACUUGUAUUCUCCAUUCUUUUUAUCGGACUUUCUCACGCAGCACCAAAUGCAAGGGACACUGAUCCGAUGGAUCCAGUUCUGAACGCCCCGUUCCAGGCAUCGCUGCGUUCCCUGCCGGUGAAAGUCCAUUUUUGCAGUGGAUCGAUUAUUUCUCAGCGAUGGGUCCUCACGGCAGCUCACUGCGUACAAGGCCGAACUACAACCAGUUUCACCAUAGUUGUUGGAAGUUAUACCAUCGAUCCGCAAGGCUCGGAAUACGAGGUUGCCGAAAUUCAGUUGUACCACAGUUUCGAUCCAAUUUUCUACGAACACGAUUUGGCUCUAGUGAAAACGUCCGUCGAUAUGGAAUUGAGCGAAAACGUACAGAUCAUCGAGUUACCGAGCGUAACUUCCCAGGCUGGCGAACUUGUUGUCCUCACGGGAUGGCGAUCGGAUAUCGAAGACGUAACGCCCAACGACAUGCAGAUGGCCCGUAAGGUUACCAUUGCGAACGACGAAUGCCGGCAAAUACACGCCGCUGGCGAUUCUCACGUCCAUAUCUAUAACACUAGCGUGUGUGCACGCCCGCGAAUGACCGGGUGCUACUGUAUCAUCGAUGCCGGAGCACCUCUGGCUUCGGAAGAUAACGUACUGGUAGGAGUGUUUUCUCUAUCGGCUGGCUGUGGACGCAUGCUGCCCGCGGUAUACACUAGGGUUCAAAGCUAUCGUGCUUGGAUUUUAAUGGUCACGGAAGUUUAAGCUUGUAUUUUGUUUUGAGUUUUUUUAAAGCAAUGAUACCCAAUAUGACCCAAUACCACUUUUAAUACGUAGAAGAAUAUAUAUUGAUCGAUCAUUAAUUAUGAUUAAAUUCUUUUCCCAUGUUA